AAAAAAAAACAAAAAAUUUAAAAAAUGCUGUUGGAUAUCUUUUUGUUUUUCUUUGUAAUUCUGUGGCAUUGCUUGAAAUACGAAAGGGCCUUAUAUGCAAGGUCUGGCAUAACGAAUCGAGAACAAGUGAAAUUAUUGCGAUUCCGAGAAAUUCCGGAAAUUUGUUGUAAUCUGCCACAAUAUGCGAAUGUACGCAGCUGCAACUGUUGUCCUUAUGGAUAUCACAUCGAUUUGGAUUUUGUGCGCUAUUGCGAAUCAUUGGCCAAUGCCAAGCCAUCGGAAGAGGAAUUACAAAGACGCAGCCGUCGAAGAUCACGAAAAUCUAUGGAAUUUAUGUUGGGCUUGGAUUCAAUAUUCGAUCAAUGGGAUGCCAUCGAUAAGCAGCAAACAUUAACCGAGUUGCCCCAUGAAAAUGAGCCAGAUUCACCUUUUACAAGUCUACAGAGAACUCCCUCCUUUACAUCCACCCCCUAUCAGUAUCAGGCCACUAGACCCAGAUCUUCUUCAGUUCCGCGUUUUGGCUCCACCACACCCACACCCUAUCCAAGGUCUGAAUCACCCUAUGGCACAGCUUCUUCCACCUGUUCUUCAUAUCGUGGUGCUGAAAGUGAUAAUCCUCCUUAUCCCUUGCGAAGGCCUCCCAUGAGUCCACCUGAAACAAAAGCCUUUCUAAGGGAUGCCCUCGAUGAGGUUUGCAGCGAUUUUGAAAAGACCUUGGAGAGGACUUCCAUGAAGAGAAAGAAAACGGCUCUCAGAGAUGACUCUGGAGGAGGGAGAUUUGGUAGAAGUUUUCCCUAUAGCAGUGAUCGAAAUAACAACAAUCAUUUGGUCAAGGGCCUCAGUUACAACUAUCAGGAUAAACGCUAUAACGGCUGGUCUUGGGACACCACGGACAAUGGCCAUGAUGUGGGAGAUUCUUGCAUAGCUGGCCAGAAAUCACCAAGGACCUCACGCUUCUAUACCAAACCACUGCCCUUUCAACAGAAGUUAUCACCAGCGGAGCAGCAAUAUGAGUCUUAUGUCAAGGCCACAGUGGCUGCAAAUGCCAAAUCACCAAUGGAGGAGCUGUUGCUGGGAGGCAAUGGCACGGCAGGUCAAUCCACGCCUCCUGCGCCGCCCCCACGCAAGCAGUCUUUGGUUACCUCCUCUGUAACUAGCCCCAUAAGUCCAAUGCCCCAAGCCUCUGCGGAAAAUUCUUCUUCCUCCACUUCGCCUGAUAAGCCGCAGCUAGCCUCACAAAUGCCAACAACCGAAAGUCUUCCCUCCCCAGCGGCGGCAGCGACGAUGGCCGCAACAGCUGCAGCAGCCGCCACAGAUGCUCAGACACUUUUCAAUAUACGCCAACAAAUGGCUUUGAGCUUGAAACGCAUGAAAGAUCUAGAGGAACAGGUUAAAACUAUACCGGAUUUGCAGAGUGAGUUGACUCAAUUGCGCGAUGACAAGCAGCGGCUGCAACAGACGGUACAGCGCAAGGAGGAGGAGCUGCAAAAGGCCAAAGAGGCCAAUCGUUUCUCCUCAUCGCCCAGCCCCAGUCCAAAAAUCACUUCACCCAUACAAUUCCAACCACAGCGUGUCAGUCCCAUUUCUCUGGAAAGCAUGGGCACUCGCCUUAGAAGUUCUUCCACCUCCUCCGAUAGGGCUUCCAAAUCUCCGCCCAGCUUAAAAAGAGAUGUGGGAACCAUGUACAGUAAGCAUACCACCCGAGACAUAGCUGUGGGUAGUCCUCUUCCCAUUGUAAAAACCACUCGGGAUGUGGCCUGCAAUUCCGCUCUUACUGCCAACAUCACAGAAAGCCUCUAUACCCGAAUCGAAAUGGAGGAGCACAUAUACAUGUCCAUGCGCCAGUAUGAGGAACAAAAGAAAUUGGAGCGUCUCAAGGAUCUGAUAUCGGUGGGUACCCAAAUGUAUACCCCCAAAAAGGAUGUAAGAGAUUCUUCUGCCCAGACGCGAGCCGAAAGACCUGUGCCCAAAUAUAAUGUGGGCAUUAUGGCGCAGCCAGCCACCCGUGAAAGUUAUACCAAUUGUAAACCAGAUGUACGUUCAGUGGGUUGCUCCAAUGACCGGAUCACAGAUGUGUUGUGUGAAAAGUGUCUGGUGACCAAACACCAUGUGGCCUGUGGCACCGAAGAGCCUGGUGUCGAAACUACCAAGUCCAUAUCGCUUAAGCUACUGGAAAUGCCAGGACGUAGCAAUACCUUUACCCUGGGUGAGCACGAAAAGCUGAACAUACAAAAGAAGACACAAUGGACCCAAUACACUCCCAUCACGGUGCACUCGGCAGCCUGCCAAACACCCUUGGCUGUGGUACACUCGGUAGGUUUGCAAUUCUCCCCCGAAAUGCAGAGCAGCAGCACCCAGGCCGAGGUUGAUAUGGCCUUUAAACUCACCGAUACUCGUGAUUUGAUACGCUGGCGAACAUCACAAACCAAUACCGAGGAGAUGGCUCCUCCCACUCCUUCGACGCCUAAAGAAACAAAAUUACAACCCCCCAAACCCAUACUCUUCACCAAGGCCUGCAAUACGGAAAUGAAAAGUUUUAAAGAUAAUGCCGUGAAUACCCCACCCCCAGCCACCACAAGUAAUUCUGCCUCCAACACCGAAGAAGUCCAUAAGCGAGACAUAGCCUGUGGUGACAUAGUGAAACCUCACAUAUCUAUUGCCUGUGCCGACAACUAUUGUGAUUCUUGCAAGGAUGCCAUUAAAAAUUUAGCUAAAGAUUUCUCCAAAGUUCUGGCAAGUCCUGUGCCCAGUCGAGCAGCUGAAUCGAAAAUACCACGUCCCAAAACACUACCCAGUCCCACACCACAGAGAAGGGUGUUUCAAAGGCAAAAUACGUAUACGGUGACACCUUCACCACCAUCUAGUCCUGUGGCGGAGCGUAAAAAUCUGGCAAGUUCCUUGCAGGAAAAACCUGCGGCAUUCCAUCAAUUGGACUCUGCGGGCGAAUCUCAAAGUUUCAUAACCGAACAAGUGAGUGCGGGCAAAAGCAAGCUAGACAGUGAAAAGCUUACCGAAGAAGAUAGCGAUGAAAAGACCACAGAAUCCCCAGGGGCAUCACCGCAGCGUAAAUCGUUAUAUGACCUCAGUCAUUUGGGUGAUAAUGAGCUCAUUGUGCGUGAAGAGAAGCGUAUAAGUAUCAGUUGGUCGCGCGACAAUUCUCCGGCUCCGGCUCCUGCUGCCGCCGCUGCUGCUGACCAACCUGCAGCCAAACCAAAUGUUGUCUCGAAUGCUAUCGAUGAGAAGCCAGCGCCGCCACCGGCAAAAACGGAAGAAUGCGAGAAAGCAAAAGAGUCAGCCCCACCUUGCAUGGCGGAAAUAUCUCAGGGAGCUCGCAAGAAGACCACCACUUCUCUUUUGCCCUCACCCAUUAAAUCUAGUCAAGUGAAAACAACACGAGGUGAAGAAGAAUCUACCAAGGAGGAGCAGAAACCACCAUCCAAGGCUUUGUUACAAAAAAUAGCCAUGAAAGAAACAGAGCCUAGGAAGAAAGCCACUCCACCCAUGAACAUGCUGGUCGCUCUGAAAUCCAUUAAUAAUUCAUUGUUGAAAAAGAUGGGUGCUAAACCCAUCUCUUCUUUGAGUUUGAAAACUUCCAAGCAGAUCAUACAACAGGAAUGGUUUCGUGUUUCCAGCUCGGAAAAUGCCAACCCCUUGGAUGUUGAGGACUAUUUGGAUUGUUUUGAGGAGUUGUCUGUGCCAUUGUUGGAACAUUGCGUUAAUAUGGUGGAUGCUAAUGGCAAUACCGCCAUGCAUUAUGCAGUCUCGCAUUGUAAUUUCGAUGUUGUAUCCAUUUUGCUCGAUUCUAAGGUUUGCAAUGUAAAUCAAAUGAAUAAUGCCGGAUACACGAGUGUGAUGCUGGUAUCAUUGGCUAAGUUGAAGAAUGCAGAGCAUCGUACAGUCGUUGAACGACUGUUUCAGAUGGCUGAUGUCAAUAUACGAGCAAAAAAGCAUUGCCAGACAGCCCUAAUGCUGGCUGUAUCACAUGGUAACCUGGAAAUGGUACAACUACUCUUGGCCAAUGGUGCCGAUAUCAAUAUUCAGGAUGAGGAUGGCAGCACAGCGCUAAUGUGUGCCGCCGAACAUGGACGCAGUGAUAUUGUUAAGCAUUUGUUAACGCAUCCAGAUUGUGAUUCUUUGAUACAAGAUGCGGACGGCAGCACUGCCUUCAAGAUUGCCUGGCAGGCAGGCCAUCGCGAUAUUGGAGUAUUUCUUUAUGUGCAUGAACAAAUGUUGCGCAGCAAAAUGCCCAAUCGUCCAGAUACAGCGCCUGUGAAACAUAGUCCACCAGCAGCAACAUCACCGCGCUACACUCACAAAAGGCAGCCCUCGAAAUAAGUGUCAAAUGUUCUUAAUGUAAUAUAAGGGCCAGUUUUAGUUUAAAACGAACAAAAAUAACAAUUUCUUAAUAUGUUUAGUUAAAAAAGAAGUCGGGCAUUUUAAAUGCUUUUGUGAACUUUUUUUAAAUUUUUUUUUAUUUUUAUCAUUUAAAAUUAGCAGUACGAAAAACUGGCUUAAGUUAGAGAAAUUAGUUUUACUUUAUGUUUAACCAUCUAUGCAUAAGUUAUAAAUAAAAGGUUUUUAAAGCAGUUAUAGUUAAGAACAUUCCAUGUGGUAAAUUUUAACAAAUCUUAAACCCAAAAGUCAAUUAACUAAAAUCAAGUAAAUAUUGUCCUUAAAUAAAAAGACAAAAUUCAACGAAACCAUAACAAAUGACAACAAAUUUUAACUUUUAUCUUAAAAACAGAAGAGUAACAAUCUUCGUAACCAGUCUUUACAACUUUAUUUCAAGUGCAUGAACAUUGCAACAAAAUCACCUCAAAAAAGUUCUAUAAAACGCACAGGUAUUUUAACUUUAUAUAGAAAAAUAAAAAUUUGUUAUAAAUUUUCUAUCAAAGGCACAAAUAUUCAAAUUAAAUCCCUCCAGUAAGGCAGUUUAAAAGACCCUACAGCAACUCAGUAAAAAUGAUAAUCAAUAAAUAACCCAAAAAAUUUCAUAAAUAACCAAAAGUACGACAAGGCACCUCAAUGAAAUAUCUUUUGUGGUUUGAAAAAUAUAAAAGUUAGACAUUUAAACAACAAAUUACAGAAUUUAAUAUACCACACAAUGUAUCGGACAGCACUCAUUGAUAUGUGAGAAGUUUGCCCCCCAUUCCUAAGCGGAAUAUUCAUGGGCAAAUUUGAAUUUGCAUACUAAAUUUUAGUUAAAAAUUUACUAAAAAACACAACAUUGAACAAUUUUCAAAAUUGAACAGCUUUUUUUAAAUUUUUUAAAUUUUUUACUUUUUGUUUUUAAUUUUCAGCAUUCAAAACCAAUUUUUCAAAUGAAAUUUUAUAACAAAUUAUUUUUAAAAUUUAUUUUUUUUAAAUUAUUCACAAGGUUUUUUUUUUGUAUUUUUUUGUAAUUUCCCACAUCUUUCACAAAAAAGCCACACUUUUUUAUAACCGCAAGUGUAGUGUUCGUCUUGUAGUUGAAUCUUCAAUUUUUAUCCCCUUUCAUUCUAAGUAGGAUAGAACACUACAUAUCUUUAACCAUAAUCAAUACAAAAACAAACAACAAAUAAAAUAUUCAUUGAAAAUAAGUAGUUUUGAACUAAAUUGUUAAUGCAUUCGGGCAUAUUAAUUAAUAUACAUUUACGUAUAUAUGAAAAAUAACAUACAUAUUUA